CCGACUGUUUUGAAGGCCCCGCCCCCUCGACUCAACUGACCGUGCACGUACAACUUAUGCGUGGGAACAAAACUUCGUACAUUUCGAUAUCGUAUUAAACAAUACAUGAAAUAAACUUGUUAUAAACAUAAUCUCAUUUGUUCUUACAUUGUAAUUAAUGAUUACACGAUGUCGCGAGAGCAGGAUCUGUUGCGGAUCGCUAAAAAGCUGGACAAGAUGGUGUCUAGAAAUAACAUGGAUGGGGCUCUGGAUCUUCUGAGGGAACUGAAAAGUUUCAACAUGACACUGAAGCUACUUCAGGAUACAAGAAUUGGGAUGUCUGUGAAUGGAAUAAGAAAACAUUGCACAGAUGAAGAUGUUAUCAACUUGGCAAAGAUUCUUAUAAAAAACUGGAAGAAGCUUUUAGAAUCAGCUCAAAAGUCUGAAAAACCAAAUGAGGUGAACAAUGGUAAUCAUCCGCCUAAGCCAGGGUCACCCAACAGGACUUCUCCUGAGAGAGAGAUAAGUCCACGAAGGUCAACAACCGAAAUUAAAACAGACUUAAACCAGAAACUCGAAGACAAGCACAGAGGAGAGAAACAAGAUGCCCAGCUUAGGAAAGAUCGACAGAAUAACAUCCACAAAAAAGACAAACAGUCUUUAAACAAUAAAACAGAGCGUGAGAGGAAAGAGGCAUUGAACAGUGAUCUUGUCCCGUCCCCGCUGACGCAUUCGACUCUGCCCCCUAAGUGUCCUCCAGCUGUGGAAGUGAAGAGGGAGAGGAAAGACGCUCCUGUUGAUUUUUUCCCUCCUGCUUCUCUCAAUUUUCACCCUCCUCUAAGACGCUCAUCCACAGAUGUAAAGAAAGAGAGAAAAGACCCAGUGGGCUCUUUACAUUCUCGUUCUCUUCAAUCUCAUCUUCCCAAACGUCCCAUCACAGAUGGAAAGAAAGAGAGGAGAGAUGCUCCUAAUCCUCUUCACCAUCCGCAUCCUCCUCAUCUUCAACCUCCUCAUCCUCCUCCUAUUCCCAUCCCUAAGCGUUCAUCAGAGGUGAAGAAAGAGAGGAAAGAUGCACUUGAAACUUUUCCUUCAUCUGCUCUUCAUCAUUCUUCAUCUCAGCAUUCUCCUCCUCCUCUUCCUCUCAAACGUCCAUCAGUAGAAUCACCCAAAGAAAGGACGAACAAAGCUCCUGAUCCGAAUGGCCCUCUUCCUCCCUUACCAUUUCAUCUUCAUCCCCCUCAGAAACAAGAGACGAAGAAAGAGAGAAAAGAGACGGAUCCUAACGCUCCUCUCCCUCCAGUUCCUCUGCAUCUUCAUCCUGCUGCAAAACGCCCCACUUUAGACAUGAAGAAAGACAAAGAGAGAGACAGAAAAGACGCAUCAGAGUUGAAGCAGCGGCCCUCUGAGCACGAUAAAGACAGAAAAGACCCAAGAGACAGUAAACCUCUCAAAAGGCCAUCUGUGAAGAUCAAGAUUGAGAGGAAAGAAUCAACAGAUUCCUAUAAGCAGCCUGCCAGGAAACUCAGCUUGGAUGGACGGAGAGACAGUAAGGACUCGACUGACUCCAAGUCAAACCAUCAUCUUUUGAAACGCCAAUUCAGUGAACCUAAAUUAGAGAGGAGAGACUCAACUAGCUCGAAGUCUGGCAGUUCACCUCAGGCCAAGAAAUCUGGUGAAAGCAAGAGUAAACCAGAGACCCCGAAGACACCAACGACACCCACAAGCCCCCUGUCCCCAUCGUUCAGUUCAAGUGGAGGUCCUCUGUCACCUCGUCUACAGACUGGGGAUUCCAUCAGGGACAAAUGCAUUGAAAUGCUGGCUGCCGCUCUGCGUACAGAUGAUGACUACAAAGACUAUGGUGCAAACUGCGAAACCAUGGCAGCAGAAAUCGAGGAUCAUGUCUACCAGGAGAUAAAAGCUGCAGAUAUGAAAUACAAAAACAGAAUCCGCAGCCGCAUAAGCAACCUAAAGGAUCCCAAGAAUCCCAAUCUGCGUAAAAACGUCUUGGCUGGCGCCAUCGAUUUGAGACGCAUAGCCACCAUGUCUGCUGAGGAGAUGGCCAGUGAUGAACUGAAGCAGUUGAGGAAUGUGUUGACCCAGGAGGCCAUUCGUGAACAUCAGAUGGCCAAGACUGGUGGAACCACCACUGACCUGCUGCAAUGUGGCAAGUGCAGGAAGAAAAACUGCACCUACAACCAGGUGCAGACCCGAAGUGCUGAUGAACCAAUGACCACAUUUGUAUUGUGCAAUGAAUGUGGUAAUCGCUGGAAGUUCUGCUAACGUUUGACCAGAACCCAAACGUCAGUGACGAUAAUGGAUUCCUCAUCUUUUUUUUUCAUUUGUAAGAGAAAAUAAUAUAUUUCAUUCUACCAGGCCCUAAAUUUAUUAUAUGUAAAUUCGUUCUUUAAUUUUUACAGAGGUGCACCACAUAGCAAAGGUGCUAUAUAUUAAUAAUUCAAAUAAUGAUUAAUUUCCUUAAAAAUGUAAAUUCAACACUUUUUAUACAAUUUUAUGAAAUGCCAGAGUAUAUUUUACAUUUCAUUUUUUUAUUUUAUUUUAAUUAAUCAAACUGAUUAGUCAGUCUGUUGCACAGAUUUUUAAAAUCUAGGGGUCAGAUGUUAAAACGAAACAGAAUUUCCAAUCGUUCUCUGACAGAUGUAGCAGCUCAAUAGUGAAAGCAAAUAAUUUUUUUUAAUUACGAUGAUACAUUAUGGGGCGAUUUCCCGGACAGGGUUUAGAGAUGAAUCCACGACUAGCCCUUAAUUAAAUUAGGACAUUUAAGUUGUUUUUACAAACAAACCUUACAAAUAACAAUACUGGUGUGCAUCUUGAGGCAAAACAAUGACAUUUUUAAAAUAAAAAGAAAUGUUUUUAAAUUAAGGCAGCUCAAACAUGCAUUUUAGAAUAAGCCCUGUCUGGGAAACAACCCCCAAUUGCUGUGUAGAGAAAUACUGCAAAGACUUGGUACAAAUAAAAUAAGAAAUGUGA